GGUCCAGCUCGGUACGACUUCAACUACGCCGUGAAGGACGACUACUCAGGAAACGACUUCGGACACCAGGAGGCUCGAGAUGGCUACGACACCAAGGGAACUUAUUACGUUCAGCUUCCCGACGGCCGUCUUCAAAAGGUCACUUACUACGUCAACGGCGACUCUGGGUACGUGGCCGAAGUCUCCUACCAAGGAGAGGCUCAGUACCCUCAGUAUCAGCCCUCCGGAGGAUACAAACCCGCCCCUAAGCCUGGGUAUGUUUAAGGGAAAUGAUUGGUUUCGUUCGUCUUGUUGUCAUUAUUGUUAACGUGUGUUGGUAAACACUAAGAGCUUGCUAAUACGUCUGUAAAUAAGUAUGUUAACUUUAAAUGCAUGUAUUAGUCUUAUUUAUAUCUAGGUGCAUUAAAAUUAAAUAAAAAUGACAUACAUAAGA